CUCAAACCCAAACAAGAUCCUUCUCCUCCUUUUUUUGUUUUCCUUCGCCGUCGAAUUUUUCAAGGAGCUUUUGGGUUUUUAUCUUCUCCGUAGUGAUAAAACAGACUUAUAAUUUUCGUAGGUUUUUAACGACGAGUGUUUGCUUUGUUUCUCCGUCGUCUGUUUCUCCGUCGUUUGAUUUCUUAGUUCUAUCCUCAGAGGGGAAACAUACGAAUUCCGAGGAUUUCGAAUUUAGGGUUCAAGUAGCGGUUUCGCAUUGGGUUCAUCGAGUAUUGAGCCGAUUUGCGAGAGGAAUUGAACACGUUUCGAGGUUUUUUUCUUUUUCUUUCCCGGAGGUUUGAGGAGCGAAUCUGUUUGUUUGAUGAAAUUAGGGUUUUCGAGUCGGAAUUUGGAUGGUCCUUUAUGCUGAGUAGCCCAGAAUCGUUGAGUUGGGACAUGAUUUUGAAACGGACCUUGACAUUCGAGAAUCAGAAUCUGAAGAGGUGCAAAAUUGAUUCAGAAAUUGAUUAUGGGAGCAAAAAGGGUGAGAUUAUGGUGUAUAAGAAGAGACAAAGAGCAACCGUGGAUCAACCAUGUUCAGAACCCGAACUUCUUACCAGUAGCUCAAGCUCCUUGACCAGUAAAGAUUCUCAGCCGGUCUCAGACCAGUCCAAGUCUUCGCGGGGCAGAGUUCGAGCGGUUCCUUCAAGGUUCAGCGAUUCGGUUGUUGGUUCAUGGAAAGUCAGCCGUCGUAAGGUCGAGUCGACGGAGUCUAGCCAUGAUGACGAUGCAUAUCUCGGGAAGAAGGCCAAAGGUUUCAGUGGAAGCUCGAGACUGAAUCGCAGCAAAGGCUCGAAGCUGAUUCCACGUAAGGAUAACGGAGACAGCAGCGAAGUAGAUUUUGAUGGGUGGGAUGUUAAAAUUUCCACGUUGUCUUCCUCCGACGACGCUAAUUCUGGAAUGCUGAACCAGUCCGACGCCACGCGUAAGGGCGUGUACAAACCAGAGGACUUUACGGUCGGCGAUCUUGUCUGGGCCAAGUGUGGGAAAAAAUUCCCAGCAUGGCCGGCUGUGGUGAUCGAUCCAUUAUCACAAGCGCCUACUGCGGUCUUGAAACAUUGCGUCCCUGGAGCAAUAUGUGUCAUGUUUUUUGGGUAUUCCAAGAAUGGAACUCAGAGGGACUAUGCAUGGGUAAGACAAGGAAUGAUGUAUCCGUUUACGGAAUUUAUGGACAAAUUUCAGGAUCAGACAAACUUGUACAAUUACAAACCAAGUGAAUUUAAGAAGGCACUAGAGGAAGCAGUUUUGGCAGAAAAUGGGGUCGAGGGUAAUUUUGGAGCUGCUGAAAUUAGCUGCCCAGAUUCCUCUGCGACUGAAUCCGACCAGGAGUAUGGGCCUACUUCUAAAACUCAGGGUUCAUGUCAUGCAGACAUAACGACCUGUGACGGUUGUGGCUCAGUAAUGCCAUUAAAAUCUCUAAAAAGGACAAAAGGGUCACAACCUGAAGAGCUUUUAUGCAAACACUGUUCUAAGUUGCGGAAAUCCAAUCAGUAUUGUGGCAUUUGCAAGAGAAUAUGGCACCCUUCAGAUGAUGGAGAUUGGGUUUGUUGUGAUGGGUGUGAUGUAUGGGUACAUGCUGGGUGCGACAACAUUUCAAACAAGCGUUUUAAGGAACUGGAGCACAACAAUUACUAUUGCCCAAGUUGUAAAGGUCGGCAUGAGAUUUCACCAGCAUUAUUAGAAGAACAGAACUCAGUGUUCAAGUCUACAGAAAAGGUGACAGAGACUGAGCUGCCUGAUGAGGUUACUGUAGUCUGUAAUGGCAUGGAAGGAACGUAUAUCAGAAAACUUCAUGCAAUUGAGUGCAAGUGUGGUUCAUGUGGGUCAAGGAAGCAGUCACCAAGUGAAUGGGAACGGCAUACGGGCUGCAGAGCAAAAAAGUGGAAGUAUAGCGUAAGAGUGAAAGGCACAAUGCUACCUCUAGAAAAAUGGAUUGCAGAGUUUAGUACCUACACUAUAGAAACCCAGAUGUUAGAUAAGCAGAAGAUGCUCUCUUUGCUGGAAGAAAAGUAUGAGCCAGUCAGUGCUAAGUGGACAACUGAAAGGUGUGCUGUAUGCAGAUGGGUAGAAGACUGGGAAGAAAAUAAAAUGAUCAUCUGUAACAGAUGUCAGGUGGCUGUGCACCAAGAAUGCUAUGGGGUAAGCAAAUCACAAGACCUCACCUCCUGGGUAUGUAGAGCAUGUGAAACACCAGAUAUUGAGAGAGAGUGUUGUCUUUGUCCUGUAAAAGGCGGUGCUUUAAAACCAAGCGAUGUCGAGGGUUUUUGGGUUCAUGUAACAUGUGCUUGGUUCCGACCGGAAGUUGGGUUUCUGAAUCAUGAAACUAUGGAGCCUGCUGUUGGACUUUUUAAAAUUCCAGCAAAUUCAUUUCUUAAGGUUUGCACAAUUUGUAAGCAGACACAUGGUUCCUGCGUGCAUUGCUGCAAGUGUGCCACUCACUUCCACGCAAUGUGUGCAUCACGGGCAGGUUACAACAUGGAGUUGCACUGCCUGGAGAAAAAUGGUGUGCAGAGAACCAGGAAAUCAGUUUACUGUUCUUUUCACAGGAAGCCAGAUCCAAAUAGUGUUGUAGUUGUGCACACACCCUCAGGAGUAUUUGGCUCUAGAAAUUUGCUUCAGAAUCAAAAUGGGCGCACCAAAGGUUCAAGACUUGUUAUGACUAAGAAGAUAAAGGUUCCAGGUUCCGAAAUCCAAACACAAGCUGAACAGAGUCAUGUAUUUGAUUCUCAGUCUGCAGCAAGAUGCCGUAUAUAUCGUAGAUCAAACACAAAGAAGAUUGAUCUGGAGGCGAUAUACCACAGGCUCAAGGGACCAAGCCAUCAUUCUUUGGUUGAAAUCGAGAAUCUAAAUUCUUUUAAGGAAGCAGAUUUUCUCUCAUUCAGAGACCGGCUAAAACAUUUGCAGAGGACGGAAAGUUUGCGGGUCUGCUUUGGUAAAUCUGGCAUACAUGGAUGGGGUCUGUUUGCAAGGACAAGUAUUCAAGAGGGAGAAAUGAUUAUCGAGUAUCUAGGGGUGAAAGUUAGGAGAAGUGUUGCAGAUCUGAGAGAGGCAAAGUACCGUUCUCAAGGCAAAGAUUGUUACCUAUUUAAGAUAAGCGAAGAGAUAGUGAUUGAUGCCACAGACUCUGGAAACAUAGCACGCUUGAUCAAUCAUUCAUGUAUGCCCAAUUGCUAUGCCCGUAUAGUGAGUAUGGGUGAUGGCGAAGACAACAGAAUCGUCCUCAUUGCAAAGACCAAUGUCUCAGCUGGCGAAGAGCUUACGUAUGAUUAUCUCUUUGAGGUUGAUGAAUCUGAAGAAAUCAAAGUGCCUUGCCUUUGUAAAGCUCCGAACUGCCGCAAAUUCAUGAACUAGAUAGAGCUUUUUAAGUCUGAAGUCUAAACCAUUCUUGCAAACGUUCAAACUUGCUGCAAAUUUGAACAGUAACGACGGUGGGAAGUUAACCGUUUUUUUACUCGGUGGCUAGCUCAUGCUGACUUCUUCCCGAUUGAUUCAUUAGUUACACCGGUUAAAGUGUGUGCUCGCUGCGUACAUUAGCCGGCGUGGCAAUUUUGUAAAUUUGUAGAAUUAACCAACUCUAGGAAAAAACCUCCAUAGAGAAAGAAGACAUUAAUUUUGAUUCGACCCUAAAGGUCCACAGAAUGUUCAAGUGUCUAUAGCUUUUUAGUAUCUUGCAUUUAUAUAGUUUCGGUACCCAAAGUUUCUAUAA